UUCCCGCACCCUAUCACCAAUCGCCGCUCUCGGCGAUCCAUCGAGGCCUUUCGAGCCCAUCUGCGACUCAGCGCGACCGACGCGCGACCGACGCGCGACGUCGUCGACGCGUUUUCUUCGCCGCCGGACGCUGACGUGGAAAUUUCUCGCAAUUUCUCGAACGCUCGAGGACGACGCGCGUGAACCAUGAGUGGAAACGCGCUCGACGGCGUGCGGCGCGCGCACGAGGAAAAGUUCUUCAAGACGGAACAAGAGCACGAGGUGCGAAGGUACGUGGCCAAGCUGAAGGCGGAGGGACGGUACGACGCCGCCAUGACGGCGGCGAGCGAACGCGCGGCGAAGCGAACAGUCGGCGCGAGUGCGUUACCGCAGAUCAUGGCGCAUUCGUUACGGCUGAACGGUGUCGAGGAAGCGAAACACGUGAAACGCGUGAUAGAUCGUGAGUUCAUGACGAAGCACCACUUGGUGACGAAUUUGCGAUACACGGACGGGUUUCUGCUCGGCGGACGCGUGACGCUCGGGAAGAAUAAGUGGGUAGCGGGCACGACGGGGAGUGGCGUCGAGGGAGCGACUAUAUUCAGCGUACACAAAGCGACGACUCUCAUGUCGGAGGUUCCUAAGCAAGCGCUGGACGGGGUGGAAUCGCGCGCGGCGAGGUACAUGGUUGAUAACUCAUUCGUGGAAGUCGCGGGCAAGCGAGUCAAGUUGAUGCCGGAUCCGACGCCGGGACGCGCCAUGGCGUGGGGGGGGACGUUGGCCGUUUGGGGUACCUUGGGCUUAACAUUGACGGCGUGCAAAACGCUCGGCAUUCACUCUAUCGGCGACGUGACGACGGUGAUGAAGCGCGUCUUCACGCCGUACGCGAAUUCGAUUCGAGAAUCGAUGGCGCCGCUCAAGUCCCGUUUCUCGAUGAGCAGCGCGGACGACUCGCCAAAAUUCAAGGAUUCAAAUUUCGCGCACGAUAUCCGACGCAUGUUCGCGUGACAAAGUUGUUAAUCUACCGUCUGAAGAUCUUAAAAUCAAA